AUGAAUUAUGAACCGCUAGACUCACUACCAUAUAUUGAUCAAGAUAUUACAGAUCAAGAAAGACAAUCAGUAGAGAGACUAAUAUUAGAUGAACUUAAAUCAACCGAUAUAUCUAAAAUACAUUCAAAAGUUGAUGAACUUUAUCCAUUACCGGAACCAAGCUCUAUAGUUUCGAAUAUCAAGGAAGAACAAUUCUCAGAUCCUGAUUUUACAUUGGGCGGUAUUGAUUUAUCAAAAUAUUCAAAUUUAGAUGAUUUAGAAUCAUUACAAAAUUCAAUUGUAUUCACAGAUCUUAGAAAUAAAUCAUUAAAAUUAGCAAAUAAAUUUGGUAAAAAUCAAUGGUUAUUAGGUAAUGAUUUGCAUCAAUAUUCAAAUGAACAAAUUUCUGAAGAAUUACAAAAUAAAAGAAGAAAAAUCAAUGAUAUAAAUUAUGAAAGAAAACAAAUUCAAUUAGAGGCUAAACCUGUUAUUGACUACUUAGAACAAAGAUGGCAGCAAGGUAUUAAAAGUAAUGUUGAUAUAGGUGUCGAAGUUAUCAAAUUGCAAUUGGAAGAAUGA